GCUGCAUGUAAUUGAGUUACAAUUUGACAAGCAUACCAACCUCCUCGACCCAUUCUCCAUCACUUGCUUCAGAUUUUGCCAUUGUCAGGAGUUGGAAAUCAUAAGCCAAUAAUUAUGGCUCAGCAACUUGGACGUAGAUUACCAGGAGCGGGCGCCCUCCUGACAAUGCUGCUCCGCCGCGGAUACCAAAGUGCAUCCAAUUCACCCUGUUUAUCGUGGGUAGUCACUACAUCAGCAUCCAAGCAGCACGCAUAUAGAUCACUCUUGAGUUACAAGCAAUGGUCUAAGAUGUCGACGUCUUCCAGUCACGGUUCGCUCUUCCACGACAAGGCCUUCAUCAACGGUACUUGGGUAGAUGCAAAGUCGGAAGCGACGUUCCAAGUCACAAAUCCGGCCAAUGGAUCCACCAUCGCGACGGUUGUCGAUGGCAAUGCCUCUGAUAUGGAGGAAGCGAUCAAAGUCGCCAACGACACGUUUUAUGGACCUUGGAGAGACACCACUGCAAAGGAGAGGGGCAUAAUUCUUCGACGAUGGGCAGAACUAAUGAUGCAGAAUCAAGAAGAGCUAGCCAAACUGUUGACAUCAGAAAAUGGCAAGCCUUUGUCGGAAGCAAUGGGUGAGAUCGGCUAUGCAGCAUCUUUUAACGAAUGGUUCUCAGAGGAAGCUCGUCGAUCCUAUGGUGAUGUUGUCUCAUCUCCAGUCAAGACAAAAAGGAUGAUAUUCAUUCGACAACCUGUAGGGGUAGCAGCUAUGAUUACACCUUGGAAUUUUCCCAGUGCAAUGAUUACGAGAAAAGCUGCCGCAGCGAUCGCAGCUGGAUGCACGGUGGUCGUCAAACCAGCAGAAGAUACGCCUCUGUCGGCGCUUGCCUUGUGUGAGUUGGCCAACCAAGCGGGACUACCUGCUGGUGUGUUCAACGUGGUUCCAUGUUCUCGAUCCCAUGCUGCAGACGUGGGAAGGGUUAUGUGUGAGAGUCCUCUGGUGGCUAAGAUAUCCUUCACAGGUUCAACUCAAACUGGAAAGAUCUUACUAAAGCAGUCGGCAGAUACAGUCAAACGGGUUUCCAUGGAACUCGGUGGCAACGCACCAUUUAUUGUGUUCAACUCGGCUGAUGUAGACGCCGCCGUCUCUGGCGCCAUGGUCUGCAAAUUCCGCGGGUCAGGACAGACAUGCGUAUGUGCCAACCGAAUCUUUGUGCAAGAGGAGGUGUACGACGAGUUUUGUCAAAAAAUGGCGGCUGAAGUCGAAAAAUUGGUCGUCGGUGACGGCAUGGACUCUAAAACAACACAAGGUCCUCUUAUCAACGUGAAAGGGGUGGAUAAGGUCGAGCACCAUGUACAAGACGCAGUUUCACAUGGUGGGAAGGUUCUGGUAGGAGGCAAACGGCAUGCUCUAGGCGGUAGCUUCUUCGAACCUACACUUAUCCGAGAUGUACCAACCGAUGCUCUAGUUUGUAAAGAAGAAACAUUCGGACCCCUAGCUGCAAUCAUUAAGUUUAAAACAGAAGCGGAGGUCCUGGCGAUCGCCAAUAGCACGCGUGUCGGACUCGCCGGCUACUUCUACUCCAACAACAUCGGUCAAAUCUGGCGAGUCGCCGAGAAGCUCGAAGUCGGUAUGGUAGGCGUGAACGAAGGCCUUAUCUCAACGGACAUAGCAGCCUUCGGUGGCGUUAAGGAAUCAGGAAUGGGUAGGGAGGGGUCGAAGUAUGGAAUGGACGAGUAUCAGGAAAUCAAAUACGUCUGCUUUGGUGGAAUCUAAGCACGAUCACCAUCCAAUCGCAUUUCGUGUCGCUAAUUUACUUCUCUGUGGUAUAUCGAUUGUUAUUGUUUGAUUUACCUUCCUAGGAUUGCCUGGAAUAAUGAAUGAAAUGUAAAUUUACAUCGAAAUGUGUACUGCUUAAUGGUGUGAAGUCUAUUGCAAAAGACGGGUGACUUUAUAGCUCUUCCAUAAAUGUGUCCAUUAGCAAUGGGAUUGACCUUACAUCACACUGAAAAAUCUGAUUUUGAAUCCGCUUUGGGAUUGUAUUGUAAUGAUAUCGAUAAAUAACUUCACCAGUUCAAUCAUUGAUAAUCUUAGUGAGAAUACUAUCGGUCAUGAAAAUAAUAUGAGAAUUUAGGGGUACAAUAUUACUGGUCUCCCAGUUGGGAAAAGGCCAAAUCGGACGCCAAUCGUAGCGACGUCAGACCAGUGACCACGACUGUUCCAGAUUUUUAAAGUCGAUUUAGCCUUUUUCUCUAACUUCAAGGCAAGCUGUACUCGGCAAACUUUAUUAGAAAGCACAGUGACGCAGAUUUGUUUAUAAAUUAUUGUUCACUUAUAGUGGUUUUGUAAUUUCCUUGAAAAUCAGAUGGCAAUCAGAUCGCGUAUAGUAUAUGAUGAGGGGGCUUCAUAGAUAUAUUGGUUGCCUGUCGUUCUUCCGAAGGUUUCGAAGGCUGCAUGAUAUUUUCGAAGCAUCAAAAUUCCGAAAAUGUAAAAGAGUUGGUAACCCCGAAGGUUUAUAUUUCCGAAAAUGCAAGAGAACUGUAUCGAAGGGUUUUAAUCAUCAAAUUUAUUUCAUUUUCGGAAUUACGAAUCUUUAGAUUUAUGAACCCUAUUUCAUUUUGGAAUUCCAAAUCUCCAAAAUUUCAUCUUCGUGUUAUGGGAAAUAUGUGUCUCUAAAUUAGGAACCUUCGGUUUCGGAAAAAACGAGUAGGCCAAGAUAUAUCGACGGAUUAAGACAUGAUAGUGGGAAUGGUUGUAAUUCUGCUCCUCUUGCUAUUUGUAAAACCUGUUUCAUAUGAAAUCAUUAUCUGCUAAUAAUACUGUGUUUGUUUUAUUUGGGUUUGUGUUGUAUCAUGCGGAAUUCACGAAACAUUGAAAAGCAUGUUCAUAUUUGUACACAUGUCAUUGUCUGCCAACCAUGAAUAAACAAAUACUAUUUUUCGUGCUGUUUAAACUAUUGGUAUGGAACAAAAACUCUGGAAAGUAGGUGAAAGCUAUUUACGUUCCAACGAUAUUAUCAGGUACUAGGUUAUAUGGUUGAACAAAAUAAUCAUUAAUAUGUUAUAUCUGAUGCUCUUUGAUUGUCACCAUGAAUUGAUUAAUCAUGGAUUUGUAUAAACUAUUUUUUAUAUUGAUCUUGUUGUAAAUUUUUGAUAUGUAAUCGACAUUUUUGUUCAAUUGUUUUUGUGAUUAUUCACCCUAGAAUGUAUGGAUUCUAUGGAAGAAUGAAAAACUGAAAUCAUGUUUAUCGUUAAGUAAUAAUUGUUUGUCUGUAUUGUCUCGGGAUGACAAAACGUUCCUUUUAGUUCUUUCCUCUGAUAAAUACUACAUGUUAUCUACCAAAGUAGGUCUAUGCACAUUAUUUUGGGCGAUUACGUUACAUUAUUGUGGAAUGAAACGGAUUUCCAACGAACUCUGCGGUGGUUUUCUUGAUAAUAAACCGUUAACAUGUGUAAUCCCCAAACAAAACCAUACAGCUAAUCUUUGAUUAUUCAUACUCCGUGUGGAAUGAUUGUUCAUUAUGCAGAACAAAAAUGUUCUUUUAAGAUUACAAAAAAGAGCUGUUAUACUGAUUAUAAUAUAAAUAACAAAGCAGUUAAAUUAAAGUCAAAUGUGGACAGGCAUUUUUUUUUUCUAACAUGUACUAUGUUUGAUUCUAUUCACGGAACUAUUGCUUCAAUACGACGUGUAAUUAAAUUUAAAUUUCAAAUUGUUAUUGAUAGAUUUGAUUGUAAUACAAGACUUGCCAUUACUUUGAAGAUUGUUAAUCCGAGCCUUUUCUCGAAUGUUUUAGAAUAGCUUUGGAUACCGCUAGAUAAAAUUGAAAUGGUUUGCCAUGUGUUAUUCAAAAUGCUACAUCUACAUGUAGUAUUAAUUACAAACGAAUAAUGAGAGAUGUUCAAACGUGUACGAAUUACUGAAUUAUUGGUGUAACGCAGCAACCAUUUCCAUGUCAAUGAUUUUUUUCUUGUAUUCUCCACUAAGUUUCAUACAAAUUAUUUCAGUUGCAAUCAAUUUCAUUACACGAUUAAUUUUGUUAUCGAAUUCUUUGUGAAGGGGACAGAAUCAAUUUCUUUAUUAACUAUUUUUUCAAUAAUUUCAUCAAUAUUCUAUUUAUGGUAUUGUUAAGCCGUUCAGUCUCUGUAAUUUGCUAUUUGUAAUUAUUAACAUUCUCAUAAUUUUAUUUUCAAUGUUUAUUUGUGUUUGCCUGUAAACAGGACAAAUAUCCAGUUUUUCUCAUUGAUGUAUUAAUGCCAACUCAUCAAAAUUCAGAUGUAAAACAGGAUACAUUGUGUUUAUAUCUGUAAUUAUGUAUAUUGUUAUCCUGAAUAUAUAAACAUAUUGAUAAAAAAUAAAAAGAAAAAAGUUA